AAACAAAUCCCUCUAGUACCACAAAUCGAAACUAACUUGAACAUAUAUCGGGGGAAUAGGUUAAGUUAUUUGUUAAUAAAUGGUGAAUUUAUUUACUCAAUUAUUAAAUUAUUUACAGUGUUCCACGUAAUUUGCUUGACUAUAUUUACUUCAAACUGGAUUUUUUCAUACAAUUCUUACAAGAUUUGGAAAAAUAUACGUUUUUAUAAGAAUGUACUUACUAUGUUAUCUAUAUCAACAGCUGGCAGAUAACAUUAUAAAAAAGUUACGUUUUAGUGAUAUGCAUGUUCCAUUUAUUGCAGUAAUUAUCAACAUAAUAGAUAUUCUCUGUUGUUAUAAUUCUUCCGGUGAUGUAAAUAGAAGGGAAGAGCUCCAUACAAAUGUUCUUGUUAGAAACUAGUUCAAAGUCAUCUGCGAAACAAUACAAGUCAGAACGAUGGAAGCCCAAGUCAUAGAAGCACAACCUUUCAAGACUUUGAAGGAGCUAUAUGAUAAAGUAAACAAUUUACAAUUAUGGCCACAUAUUAAGGAACUGCGGGAAUCGACGGAUUAUGUAUAUUGUGGUUCUGAUAUAAAUAUAUCAAACAUAUAUCUGAAAAAAGUUGAUAGAGAAAACCAACCUAAAACGUUACUUUGUCAUGACAUGAAAGGUGGCUACCUAGAAGACAGAUUCAUAGGUGGGUCAAAAUCUCAUGAUGCUUACCUUUUUUAUCACUGGAGUGUCAUUGAUACAUUUGUGUACUUUAGUCAUUACUUUAUAACGAUACCACCUUUCGGAUGGAUUAAUGCAGCUCAUGAUCAUGGAGUAAAAGUUCUUGGUACUGUAAUUACUGAGAGAGAAGGUAUUUGGGAGCCUAUACUUGAAUCCCAAGAGACAGCGAGAAGGUUUGCAGAUGCCUUAAUUCUGGUUGCAAAAUUUUAUAAGUUCGAAGGCUGGUUAUUGAAUGUUGAGAAUCAAAUUCAUAACAAUCUAGUUAAUAAUUUAAUAUAUUUCAUGAAAUACCUAACAGAAUGUAUUCAUACACAAAUUAGAGAUUCUGAAGUUAUUUGGUACGAUAGCAUAACUAAUAAUGGAGAGUUGAAUUGGCAAAAUGAGAUAAAUGAUAAAAAUGUAGAAUUCUUCUUAAAUUGCGAUGGCAUUUAUUUGAAUUAUAAUUGGACCCAGUCAAAGCUUUUAAAUAGUUAUACACUUGCAAGAAGCCACAAUCGUAAUGUGCAAGAUAUUUAUGUAGGGUUGGAUGUUUGGGGAAGAGGUUGUCCUGGUGGCGGUGGCUUCAACUCUUCAUAUGCUUUGGAAAAAAUACGACAACAAGGGUUGUCAGUUGCUAUUUUUGCAUCAGGUUGGACCCACGAAUUUUUCGGACCCAAAACGUUUCAUGAAUUAGAAACUUUAUUCUGGGCGCAACUGUUUCCUUAUUUGUACGUUCAUGUACCUAUUUAUGAAAAUGAAGUAUUCAAAACAUCCUUCUGCCAUGGAAAUGGUAGUUCUCAUUACCGCUAUGGAGAGGUACAAUUCGAGAUGCGUGUUGUAGAAGGAAAAAAUAUAUUUGAAAGAAAAUCGUUUUAUAAUUUAGCCAUGCAAAAGCCUCAGAUUUCUGUGCCUAUUCCACAUCUGAAAUUUAUGCAUGUUCUUAGAAAUUCGGAAAACGAAGGUGAUAAGAGUCAGUGUUCGAAAAUGCCGAUAGAAUGUAUUUACGAAACAAAAAAACAUGCUAUUCGAAUAUUAAAAAACAUCGUAAACAUCGAAGAUAAAUCGUCCAUAUCAGACAUAAACUACUUUGAAUUUUGCGAUCAAUUCUCUUACGAGGGUGGUGGUUGUCUAAAAUUAAUAACGAAUGAUCCUAAAUUGUAUCACAGAUUAUUUCUAAUUCACAUUGAAUUUCAACAAGACAUCCAUGCAACUGUUGUAUACGAAGAAACGGGAUCACUCGAGGGAAACGCAAUACGAAACGAACCGAUAUUGAUACUGGCUAACGAUACUGGCUUGAAAUCUAUCAUGUCAUACAGAUCGGAAAACGUCAACCCCAGAUGGAAAAAGUGUUUCUAUUUGACAAACAUGAAGACCGUAAAGGAAAUCGGCGUAUCCUUUGCAAGGAAGAGUGUCUGCUACCUGGGAGAGAUCGUUUUGGAACGAAAGGAACGACACCAUUUCGGUGUGGUUCUGGUAGUGUUCGGUAUCUUGGUGUUGGUACACGGUGCCUCGUUAGGCGGUUCAGGUGCAGGACUCUGGGCAGGUGCGGGUGCCCUUGUUGCAGGAGCUUUGGGUGUCGUCGCGACGCUCGCUACAUCGUCGAGCAAAACGAACUCCAGCUUUUCGACGGCUCACCUUGCUGCGAGCCUGAUCGCCCUUGCCCUCUCGAACAUGGCCGCCAUUACGGCCUUGACUGCCAUCGUCAGGGACUCCCAGAGGACACCGGAAAUCACUUUAUUCACUAUAUCGGAUGAAGAUAACAACAUUGACGGUGUGGAAGGUGACUGGGCAGGUCUCCUCCCGAGUAUCGGGCUUCUAGUGACCAGCGUUGCCGAGCUGUUGAUCUCUGGCUACAGCUGUCUGACCUUGACUCCGAAGCUCUGCGGAUGUCUCAGGGUGAGCAACAGCGACGAGGUGGGCAACGACGGUCGAAUGAAGACACGCAACAUGGUUCACCAGUGGGUCACGGCUCAAAACCACGCGCCGAAGAGUCAACCAAUUUACGUGGUCCAGCCAAUGCUACCCAUACACCCGUUGAUUCAGAUUCGAUCGAAACAUAAACGUCACUCAGUUGUGGAACAUGAAAGUGCAAUGGAAAGAAAGGGGCAAGUCGAAGGAAAGAUAGAGUCGGUUAAAAGAAUGUCUUCAAUAGGAGGACAUCAAGUCGACCUAGCUCAAACAUACACAGGACUGGACAAGAAAAUCUCUGAGGAGUUCAUCUCGAUCGCUAUGGAUCCAGAAAGGCAUUCGAAAGCUUCCAGCAGUCACGGCAGUGAAAUUGGCGCCUCAAAAACCUGCUGAAAACAUGAUACUCUUCCAAUGGUGUCUUGUAUUACGCUUUCUCUAAACAAUUCUCGUAUACACAUGAUUUAACAUUGAAAGGAAGAAGUUGAAUUGUUGCCUUGAAUACCGUUGUACUUAUGUUUAUUUUGUUGUUCUUUGAAUUUUUAGUACUUAUAUUCGCUCAAGGCUUUAUUUCUAUGGUGUCUGAAAUAUUUAUUAUGAAAGUUCGCACCUGCGUAUCGAGAUUCUACUUAAUUAAUUGCUACUGUAAAUGUUAAUCGUCGUAUACGCCUUUUACAGCCUGGUUUAUUCGAAUGUAAUUUCUUCUAAACGGAGAAUGGUAAAUGUUCGAGUAUUUUCAAUUGUAAAAAAGUGGCUACGCAUAAUUUAUGUAAGGACAAAUUAAUAUUUUAAAAGUUAGUAUAGGUAUUGGUUACUCCUUACUUUGGGGCACCAAAAAUUAUGAACUUUUUUUUCACCAUUUAGUAGUUUUUGAUGCCCAGAUUACGAAAAUGUAAGUUAAAAUGUUAGGAAUCUAGUUAAAGAGAUACGCGUGUGUAAAGUUAAACAUUUUUGACGUAUUUAGCUGGUUAAUCCGACCCCAUAUUGGCUUCGACCGUGGGUUUGGUGGGUAAUUAAAUCGGUAAUGCCAUUCUGAUGUAAACAGAUGAUCAUAGAUGGCAUGAACGUUUGUUAUGAACACUUUUAACGGGUGCGGCGACAAUAUUAAAACCCAUUUUCUCUCUUCUUUUCUCUACAUACGUUCUGCGUCCUAUUCACAUUUCCCGUCUUUUUAAUGUUCAUUCAUGAUGCUUCCAUCACGCAUGAGGAAAAAAUGGGAGUCCGGGGACUAUCUCUCAGUCAGGGGUUUGGAGGCGAAGCCCCCAACAAUGAAUACUGCAGCGCACCACGCAGGUGUGUACACAGUUAGCCUGCGAGGUAUUUAUAGUUUCGCCGAUGGUCGAGGGGACGCAGCCCCCGGCCGGCAGGGGGCCUGGGGGGGGGGGGGAGAGGCCCCCCAGCACGCGUAUAGUUUCAAAGCGUAUGCUUUUUAAAUUUUGUAACAGGAUUUUGAGCUGAAAGUAUAUGCCUCGAAACAGUACACACUACACCGUUACAAGCGUUCAUAACAAACGUUCACGCCAUCUAUGAUCGUCUGUUGACAACAGAAUGGCAUUACCGACCUAAUUACCCACCAAACCCACGGUCAAAGCCAAUAUGGCGUCGAAUUAACCAGCUAAAUACGUCAAAAAUGUUUAACUUUACACACGCGUAUCUUUUUAACUGUUGGAUUCCUAACAUUUUAACUUACAUUUUCGUAAUCUAGGCAUCAAAAACUACUAAAUGGUACAAAAAAAGUUUAUCAUUUUUGGUGUCCCAAAGUAAAAUUUAAUCCAGCUAUUUAUUAAUUUCUCGUGUUUCUUUGAUACAUUGUUCGUUAAAAAAUGCAACAAUGUGUACCCACAGAAAGAAGAUUCAGACUUUCAAGGAACACGAGACAUCUUUUUGUGAAUUUUGUUAUAUAAUAAUUCCAAAGGAAAAUCAUAGUUGUAGAACUUUUCUUUACAUAAUGUUCAAUAAAAUACAAAUCAAUUUAAAUAGAAUAAAAAAUAUAUAUAUAUGAAAAUCAAGCAGAAAAUAGAGAAAGAAAAAACCAAUGUACUAUCUCAUAGUGUAAUAGUAUAAAAAUUAAUUCAUAACUUUCAUGUAUUAACUUUCUUAUCGAUAAAUAUACUGCCAAAGCUGUCUAAUUAAUUUCUUAAUGUGUAUGCAUAUUUCACAUAUUAGAUUUUUAAGAAAUACUUUUUUUUUAUGUUUUUGCUAGACUUGUAAAAUAUGAUACAAACCGUGUAACGUAUUUCCUUGGCAAAUAAAAGCGCAUCAAAUGGAUGUAAUUAACAAAAGCACGAUAACACUCUACACUUUCAAUGAUUGACUACGAAAAAGAAAAAUAUCGAUCGUCGGAAAAUAAACAAUAUCGUUUAUAAGACGACAAAACACGCAAUUUAGAAUUUACCGUUCAAUAUUUAAUAAAAGCAGUUUGAGAAAAUACGUAACACGUUCCAUUUUCUUCCGUGCUGCGUAUUACGUUUGUGUGGUACGGUUACACUUCACCAUCGCGUAUGCGUAUACGAAUGAGGUAGGGUGGGGGACCCUCGGCGCCGCCACCGAAAUUAACAAUUUCUUACGCGAAAACGAUUCGUCUCCGGUAUGUGGCUUCUUUGAAGCUUUUUACCUACUCCUUGAGCAGAAUUCUUUAAAAUUAAAAACAACUUUGAUCUUAAAUUUUGAGGUUAUAAUGAAUUUUACGGACUAUCUUUUGCAAAUGUCCACUGAUCCAGAUGUGUACAAUAACCGCUGAGAGUGGUGACUAUUAAUUUUUUUCCAUCCUGUACAUGAGUUCCUGAAAAUAAGAGUGGUGUACAUCUGUUCUCUAAAUAGAACAUAUGUAAAUACGCAUUUUUUAAAGCAAAAUACAAUUGAAUUACACCACUCUAAUUUUCAGAAGCUCUUAUACUAUUUGUUCCGCAACUGAUACGCAGCAACAAUCUUGAUUAAAAUUUUCUGUCCGAUUUAAACGUCGAAAACUGUUCCUUUACAACGGUUGUACUGCCAAUGCCUGAUCUCCGUGUUGUGUAGCAGUG